GUCGGUUCCGUCGGUCAAUGCAUCAUCGAUCCCUCCUCAAAACCAUAUAUAAGUCUCACUCUUUCUGCAUCAAAUUUCACACCACCGCCAAUCUCUUUCAAAUACCAAAAAAUGGCCAUCCCUCUCCUCUCCCUCUUCUGCCUUUUCACCCUUCUCUUCUCCUCCGCCCACUCCGAGCUCUGCAACCCGAAAGACAAAAAAGUCCUCCUCCAAAUCAAGGCAGCCCUCAACAACCCCUAUCUACUCGCCUCCUGGAACCCAGCCACCGACUGCUGCGACUGGUACUGCGUCACGUGCAACUCCACCUCCCACCGCAUCAACUCCCUCACCAUCUUCGCCGGCGAAAUAUCCGGCCAAAUUCCUGCGGAGGUCGGUGACCUCCCUUACCUCGAAAAUCUCGAGUUCCACAAGCUCUCCAACCUCACUGGCCCUAUCCAGCCCGCCAUUGCCAAGCUCAAAAACCUUAAUUUCUUGACGCUCAGCUGGACCAACCUCUCUGGCCCAGUCCCUGACUUCCUCAGCAAGCUCAAGAACCUCAACUCCUUAGAUCUCUCCUUCAACGACCUCUCAGGCUCUAUCCCAUCCUCACUCUCUCUGCUUCCCAACCUCAACGGGCUUCGUUUGGACCGCAACAAACUCACCGGACCAAUCCCAGAAUCCUUUGGGAACUUUACCAAGGUACCGGACUUGUACCUCUCUCACAACCAACUAACUGGGAAAAUCCCAGCCUCGUUCGCCAAGAUGGACUUCAGCGUCAUAGACCUGUCGCGCAACAAGCUCGAAGGCGACGCAUCCGUGGUUUUUGGCUCCAACAAGACCACACAGAUCGUGGAUUUGUCGAGGAACUUGCUCCAGUUCGAUCUGUCCAAGGUGCAGUUCCCCAAGAGCUUGACGUCGUUGGAUCUUAACCACAACAAUAUCACCGGGAGCAUUCCGGUGGCGAUGACCGCACUGAAUUUGCAGUUCUUGAAUGUGAGUUAUAAUAGGCUGUGUGGUAAGAUUCCGGUGGGUGGUAAGCUGCAGAGCUUCGACUACUCCUCGUAUUUCCACAACCGGUGCUUGUGCGGGUCGCCGCUUCCAAACUGCAAGUGAUGAACUUGUGGGGCAAUUCGAUUUGCCCGGAAACUGAAGCGAUCGAGUUCAGAAGGAAUAUAGAUUUGAAAUAGUACUCCUACGUACAAUGCUCUCAGUUUGUCGGUUCCUAAUAAUAAGUGUCUUUAUCCAAACGCAGCCUAAGAAAAUGUUCCUGACCAGGGGAACUAUAUAUUAUGUAAUAAAAAUGUCGUAUGAUCUUUGUGUA